AUGUCCGUACAAAAGCUGAAAGCCAGUUCUGAGAAUGGUGGUGUGUCAUACUCUAGAGAUGGGUUUCUCUGCUAUACAACCACACAAUUCCUCCCAUGGAAAAACGUUGUAUACGGCCAUGCAAACACUUUGGCUAUCUCAUCUACAACAACUAAUCGACCCACUUCGUACUUCACAGUAUUGACAAAAGCUGCCCAACAUUUUCAUCGUUGCCUGGUAGCGGCUAGCUUUAAGUUCACUUCCCCCACGAAACAGAAAAGGGAUCGUGUCGCACCGACGCUCAACUUGUCCGCAAUCCCACAUUUUGUGAUAAACUCGAAUAUUACAUUUAUACCAUUGUCUUUCUUUCCUCCUCAUAUAUGCUCCCACAAGACUGAUGAAAUAAACACAAGCACAAACCGACUAUUUUCAUCACGUCAUUUACUAAGUGCGGCACCCAGACACUCGCCACAUUAG